GCGAUGGCCAUCAUUAACAGCUUCCUGUAUGUGUUUGGGGGAACGACGGGCUACAUCUACAGCACAGACCUGCACAGACUGGACCUGAACACCAGAGAGUGGAUCCACCUCAAACCCAACAACCCACCAGACGACCUGCCUGAGGAACGGUACAGACAUGAAAUAGCACACGACCGUCAGAGGAUAUACAUCCUGGGAGGAGGGACCUCCUGGACCUCCUAUCCUCUGGACAAGAUACAUGCAUACAACCUGGAGACAAACUCCUGGGAGGAGAUCUCAACCAAGCCUCAUGAUAAAAUAGGGUACCCUGCUCCCAGGAGAUGUCACAGCUGUGUGCAGAUACGGAACGAUGUGUUUCUAUGCGGAGGUUACAACGGUGAAGUCAUAGUGGCUGAUCUGUGGAAGAUCAACCUGCAGACGUUCCAGUGGACCAAGCUCCCAGCAGUGAUGCCUGAGCCAGCCUAUUUCCACUGUGCUGCUGUGACCCCGGCUGGCUGCAUGUACAUCCAYGGUGGUGUGGUGAACAUCCACGAGAACAAGCGGACUGGCUCCCUGUUUAAGAUCUGGCUGGUGGUGCCCAGCCUGCUGGAGCUGUGCUGGGAGCGUCUGCUCAAGGCCCACCCCCAGCUGGCUCAGUUGCCCACCAUGCAGCUCCUCCACCUGGGCCUCACACAGGAACUCAUCGAGCGCUUGAAAUAAAGGUGGGAGGAUGGAUGGACGGGAGGAGAUGUCGGACGGAGAACACAGGAUUUAUUUUUAAGGGGGUCGCCUUGAAGGAGUUGAUGGUCCCUCUGCCUACGUAGCCCCGCCUUAAAACCAAAAACAAUGGGAUGCCUUUUUUCUUUUUGUGUUUGGAUGUCUGAUGAUUUUAAAGGGAAUCCAAGUGGAAUGUUUCUUGACCCCGCCCCAUUCCCCCGUCUCACCCCCACGUCUCUCCCCCGUCUCACACACACACGCCUCUAGCCUCUCAAUCCGCCUGCCUACAGACCCAUUGCAGACCCAGAAAUCAUUUGCUCCACGGCUUUCAGAUUCACGACGACCCUCACUACUUCCUAAUUUUAUAUUGGCCUUCAUGACUUUAAUAAGAAAGACAUUUCAGAGGAAUGAUUAUUUAUUUGAAGGACGUUUAUUUGUAUGUAUUUUCACGAGACAUCCUGUUUGGCAUUUCUCUCACAUUUAUUUUCUCUCUACAUACAAUUAGGAAAGUUACACCAGUUGGCAUGUUUUUGUGUGACAAGGGGAAGGUAAUAUUGGUACCACCCUCAUGCCAGACUUAGACGGAGGUUGUCGUCAGCACUUUUCSCUAUUCAAGGCUUAUUAUUAACAGAUAGUGUCUGAUUUUAAUAGUKUAUGUGUGAAGAACAGACUGAUGCUACUGUAGUUGGGUCUCUAAUAGACCCAUUCCCUUUCACCUAAUACCCAUUUAACACUUAUCUGAUAUGCAUUCAGGUAUCUCGGAUAUACAUACAGGUAUUUGGAACAAUUAUCUCUGAUAUAGUUCUCUGUGAUAGUUAUUUCAGUGUCCCAAAUUGCACCCUAUUCUCUCUGUAGUGCACUAUUUUUGACCAAGGGACUUAUAUCCACCAUAGUAGAAACAUAAUAUCAAUGGAAGAUGGGUAAGAGUCAAAACACCUGGUCUCCAUUCAUUCUGAACUGUAUCAGUCACUUUAGUAUGCUUGUGGUAAGUCCAUUUGUAAACUAAAUCAUCCCAUCACUGUGAAUAUGGUGCUCCUUAAAUGACUUUAAAAUGUUUUUAUUUAAAUAAAAUUUUCAAUUUCUGUUCCAA